AUGAGGACCCACGGCCUCACCCUGCUCUCCCUCCUCCUCCUGGCUGUUCUGAUGCUCUUGGCGGAGGCCAAAAAGGAAGGAAGGAAGAGACAGGGCAGCAAAGCCAGCACAGAGGAAUCGCACGCUCUGGGCAAGCCCGGGAAGGAGCCGAGGAGCCAGCCAGCCAAGCACCCGAUCAAAGGCAAGUUCGUCACCCCGGACCACGCUGACUGCAGAUGGGCAGUGACCAAGCAGGAGGAGGGCAUCGUGCUGAAGGUCGAGUGUACCCAACAGGACAACACGUUUUCCUGUUUCUUCACUGGCAAUCCAACCUCAUGCCUAGAGUUGCACAAAAGCAGCGUCUAUUGGAAACAAAUUGGCCGGAAUCUGCGUUCUCAGAAGGUCAUCUGUGGUGAUGCCAAGAGUGUCCUGAAGACCAGGGUGUGCAGAAAGAAGUUUCCAGAAUCGAAUCUCAAGCUGGUGAACUCUACUCUGAUUAGGAUCAAGAAACCCAGCCAGGAGUUAAUGGAGCCCUCUCCCAUGGACACGGUUGGAGUGACUAUCUCCUCCAACCCAGAAAAGACCCAGACCAUGACCACCAAAGGUCCUCAGUGUGAGGAUGAAGACUUGGAAAACCAAAGGAAGGCAGCGCAGGAGUACUGCGGGGAGGUCUGGGGCUCUUUGUGCAGAUUCUUCCUCUCCGUGGUACAGGGCAGUUCAUGCUAA